AUGGCAAGAUCGCAGCUUAUGGAGAACUUGGGGUUUUACCAGACGGAUUGCGAGUCCCUCUGGUCACAAAUUAAACGCCAAGAGAAGCAGAUACAGCUCAAAAGGAGGUGGUUGUUGGGGCUUCCUACUUCCAAAUCUGAGCAGAAGAAUUUGGAGAGGUGUGAGUUCUUGAACAACACGUGUUUGCCGGAAUCGUUUCUUAGGGAAGACGAUAUGUUCUAUGAGACUGUAAAAUCUUCUGUUGACACAGCUUUUGGAGCAUGUGAUAUUGAAGGAGGGAAUAGAGUAUUUCAAGAUGAUAUGAAAUUGCUUGACGCACCCUAUAUAUCCGGAGCCUUGUCAUCAUGCCUUGAUGAUUUAACUAACAAGGGUCUUUACCUUUUUGCUGUUAUACUAACAGGACGCUCAGUGAAGUUUGAGAAAACUCGUUGGAAGAUGAAAAGGGUUAUCAGAGAAUCUCUUCCAAAAGAUAAUUUUAUCACAUUUUCGUCCUCCAGAUUACAGUCUCAUCAUGCUGCUGUUAGAAAGGUGCUGGAUGGACUCAGGGACUUGCCUUAUGAGACCCUACUUGCAAUGCACAGAAAGCUUAAAGGAGGGCGACAAAGUCUACCGCAAUUACGGCCUAAGAAAAGUGGCUGGAAUCGAGACAGUCUAAUUAAUCAAGUGAGGAAAACAAUUGAAAAGAUGCUUUCAGAACUUUCAAUAGGUGAUGAACUGCAGGAGCCAUUAACCAAAGCCAUGGCAGUAGUAGGCUUAUCGCUGAAGUUGAUACCAGGUUUUCAUAAUUCCACCAUAACAGAGUUUCACCAAUUCACACCAGAAAUAAAGAUAUUGCAGGAUGAGAUAGCUAGGGCUAUUUGGAGUUUGCGAACAGCAAUUAGGAAAAUGCUAACUGAAUAUCUUUUCGAUUGUGGUGAUAUGGAUACCAUUCCCAAGGCGUUAUUAGAACUCUUGUUGUUAUCAACAGGAAUUCACAAAGUAAAGCAGAUUGUUUGGGAUUUGUCCCCUGACCAUGACUUGGAUUUAGAUUUUGAUGACGCAUAUAUGGAAGAAAUGGAGGAAUGUGAUGAUGAUGAUGAUAAGUCCAAUGGUGAUGAUAACGAAAAUAAUGGUCGGCUAGAGAAAGAUGGAUUAUGUGGAAGUGAUAUAUCUCAUUCUAAUGAUUCGUUUUAUGAAGCUGAAAGUACUGCGGAGUCAACACCAUUUGUUUGCAAGCCACCUACUGCUGAAACUACCAGAAAUGACUGUUAUCCUCUCCUUACCCCUAACAAAAGUGUACUUGUCGAGGGGCAGGAACCCAUGUUCUCCACUCAAGGAGAUUCUCUUGACUCCAGUAGUAUCAAAAGAGGGUUAGAUGGUAAUUAUAUUGAAAGACAUAAACCUGAAUGCAAUACUGGAAUGAACACAGAAAACCUGCUGCAUCUCAAGCCAGAAGAUACAUAUGAGAAACAAACCACUUGUAAAAACAAAUACCUCGCAGUUCAAGAAGUUUGUGAUGAGACAAGCAUAGUUGCCUAUAAUCUCAUUGGUCACGUGUUGGAGGAGUUUGCAAAGACAGAAGGUUUGGAUUUAAACUGGGAUGAUACUUUGUAUCUCAGAGGUGAUUGUGCAACUCAAGAAGUGGUAGAAGAAAAGCAGACAUUGUCUCACGAAAACGAAGAUGGUUCUAUAAUUGUUCGAGUAGUUGAGGAACUAGUACUUCUUUUCCACAGAGUAUUCACUGCACCUGGUCCUGAAUUUUGCAUUAGAAGCAUUAAGGAAGUUGGUGGGCCUACUAUAGCAUCUUAUGAGGCUUUCGUGGUGAUUUUCUGA